AAACGAAGCCUAAAAAAGAAAAGAAAGAAGCAAAAAAGGAAAAAGACGACGACGACGAACAAGCAAACGAAAAGACAGCGAGAGAAGAAAGACGAAGACGACGACAACAACAACGACGAAGAAGCGAAGACGAAGAGACAAGAAGAAGAAGAAGAAGAAGAAGAAGGCCAUCCUGCCGUCGUCUACGAGCGUCCUCUUUGGCACCGCCAGCUCCGCCUCGUCGACUUGCGCGCCCUCGUCCUCGCCACUGCUGCCCGUCGCUGCCAGCGCUCCCAGCAACUCCCAGACUAG